AUGAGAGUUGUUAGUGAAACUAAAUACUAUAAAGUAUUAGCUAAACUCUAUGAAAAAUGUGCAUCCUUAUCAGCUCAAUUAGACAUUUACGAGUUUGAUUCACCCAAAACUGAAUAAUUUUAAUAAUCAGAGGACAGCAAUGAAAACACACAAAAAAGGGUUCAAAAUAAAAAAAAAUAGAAAUAUAUCCCUCAUCCAAUAAUAAAAUUAGAAGAAGAAUAGCAAAAACAAUAGCCCAAAUAUUCGUCAAAAAAUAAAAAGACAAUUUCAUAAAAUAAUGUGAAAUCCACAAAAAUUUAAAAGAAAAUCAAGAAACCUAAGAAUUAUGACUUUAGUUCCUCCUCCUCUUCGACAUCAUCCUCAUAUAACUGAAUUGCC